GCCGCGCUCUCGCGAUGGUGUACGCGUCGAACGCGCCUCGUCGUUCAAGCCCCAACUGUACGCAGCGAGCCACUUGUUGCGCCACCACCGCCGCCGUCGUCGUCGUUGCCACCAGUGCGUGAGAAAAGAGCAGCCGAGCGAUGCGGACGCGACUUGGCUCGCGCGAGGCAGCCUCCGAAAAGUGAUCCCCAAAUAACUCGCUCUGCCCGUGGUCGCACGCCCCGAACGAAGGAGACGCUUGGCUGGACGCACGCGAGAUGAGUUUUCGCGCGGCGCUGCUUGUGGACGAGGACUGUUCAGUGGCGGCCAGCGUGCGCGUGUGGCGACGAGCGCACGCACUCGUUCCUCCCUUUCAAUGAAGGCCGGUUACGUGUGUCUGCGUGAGCGGAAACACGGAAGAGGAGCGCCGUGAAGAUGUCAUCGGGCGGUGUCCCGUGUCUGCUUAUCACCGCCAACGUCGGCAGCAUCUUCGAGGAGCCGAGUGUUAUGUUAAAGCUAUGGAUGGAAGAAUUCUUAUCGACGGUGGCUCGGCUCGAUCCCAAGUUCAUUGCCCUACAUUGCCAGGAAGUAGGAGGCAAAAAUUACGCGGAAAGCAUGAGGCACGUCGAAGAUUUCGUUAGGCUGUUAAUGGAGUCCGAAGAGCUGCGACUUUUCGACAAAGUUCGAGUCUUCCUCGACGAAGAUUUCUCAUCCGCAGAACAUUUCACGGCACUGGGAAACUUGUACUUCGCGCACGAGACGUUGACAGAGGUACUGUUGUGGGACUUCAAAGAUGGUAACUUCGCGCCGGUGAUCGGCCACGAGGUGUACUCGGGCAACAUAGAAGCCGUGACGACCAAAGAGAAGGCCAAAUUCCCGCAGGACUUCUUCCCCGAGUGCAAGUGGUCGAGAAAGGGAUUCCUGAGAACACGCUGGAGCGUCAGCGGCACAGUAUUUGAUCUCAUAAACAUUCACUUAUUCCACGAUGCCAGCAAUUUCAUUGCCAUGGAAACGUUUCCGUCAGUAUAUAGUAAAACGCGCCGAAGAGCACUGGAGCACACGUUAGACAGGUUUCACAACGACCAUUACCCGAACGCGCCCUACUUCCUUUUCGGGGACUUUAACUUCAGAACCGACACUGCUGGUGUCAUCAAGAAAUUAACGGAGGACACGCGCGAGUCGAAGCAGUCGAACAAGGGAAGCCUGUCCAAGCUGCAGUUCCGCAACGACAGCGACGAUCUGAUUCUGAGCCUCGGCAAAAAGGAAUUCUCGCAUCACGAGCACCAGCAGGUCUUCGUUGAGAACAGCGGCCAGUGGCUUCGAGAAUACGACAAAGAGUUGGGCGACUUCGAGGGCAGAUUGUUCGAGUUCCCGAUAAGUUUCGUGCCGAGCUAUCCUUUCGAGGAGGAUGUGAAAGAGGGAUCGAACUACAUGCACACUCGAGUGCCCGCUUGGUGUGAUCGAGUGUUACUGAGUCCCAGCGCCAAGUCACUAGUCAAAGACAUAUCAUCGCCAGAUACUGUCGAAUACGGCAUCAUCGGACCACGUACCUGCAUGGGUGAUCACAAGCCGGUGUACCUGAAAAUCCAGCUGGCCUCGGACGCAGGUAUGGUAAGCUGUUGCGGCUCGGGCGACGCCAGUCUGUGCUUCCGCGUGCCCGAGAGCUACGAGCUCGAGCGGCCCGACGCGCUAGCCGCCUUGUCGCUUGCCGCGCUGCCCACUAGCAAGCUCCUGCACGCGGCCCCCCUCGUGCACGACCCCUACACGCCGGACAGCAUGGACAGUCCGAGCCCCAAUGCCCAUCCCGCCGCCAGCUUCCCGCCCAGUCUGCUCCGAUCCCCCUCCGCCGCCAAGCCCGCGGACCGCGCCGUCUCGCCCCAGCUGCUCAAGUCCAGGCUCGAGCUGAUCGCCGACGGGCGGCGGGCCGCGGCCGCCUGCAACUCCACCUCCAACUCGGACACCGAGGAGGACUGGGCGCCGCGCAAGAGCCGCAGCAACAGCGACGUGUCCUGGCAGCGCUCGCACCUGCUCACCGAGGCCUGGCUCGAGGGCAACGGCCGCCAGGCCUACCACUCGUUCUCCAGCGAGCUGCACGCGGGCGGCGCGCGCCGCGGCCCCGCGCACAUCGUCAUCCCGCGGAUCGCCAUCAUCCACGCCAGCAACUUCGAGUCGGACGCCAGCUCGGUGCACCUGCGCGAGGGCGCCCCGCCCCGGCGGCCCUCCAGCCGCCACUCCGACCAGCAGCUCGAACUGCUCGCGGCCUACAGCAACGCCAGGACCAGGAGCCUCAGCGAGGCCGACUCCAGCCAGGCCAUGUCGGCCCUGGCCCUGCCCGAGGACGAGCCGCCGGCCGCGCCGCCGCGGCGACCCCCCGAGGACGAGGCCAGGCCCGAGCCCAGGCACGCGCCGGCCUCCAACGCCACCAGGAGCAACUCCAUACGCAGCCAGGAGGCCAACGUCAGCCUCAAGCUCAAGGCCUACAACAAGGUCACCGAGCGCUGCAAGCGCAACAUCGCCCGCAAGAACAAGUGCUGCGACAGGUGCUGCGUCGUCUCCUGAUGCCCCCGGCCCCCGGAGCGUGUGCUCCGUCCAAGCUCGUUCGCUCGCGGCCCGCAAAACUUACCUCGUUCAACGGCCGAUUAGCCACGACCAGCUGCGUCCCUCGAACUCGUCCGUUCGAUUCGAGACAGACUGUCGGAUAUUUUUAAUCUAAUUUAUAAAUGGAAUAGCUGUACGUUAUAGCUUCGAAUUCCACGCGCAACGAUUAUCUGUGUUAAUUCGACCGAGCUGCCAAAGUUGAUUGUUCGAACGGGAGGAUACAUUCUUCAAUUUCAACAUUUUUACGUAGAAACGCGUGCGCAACGGUUGGUUAAACGUGGCCUCUUCGCAGGCCAGAUCUAAGUCAAAUUUUCAUUUUUAAAGUGUGAUUCGUCCGUUUCAAACGCCAAUUAAAUGCAAGCUUCUGCUUGGGCAGCGUCGAUCUUUAAGAGCCGUUAUGAAUUUAAUGUGUCAAUCUACCUCUAACCUAUCGCAACGAUUCUUGCUGCAUACGUUAUUUUGCGCUUUCAUAAAUUCUAAAGUAGCUUUGUUUUUAUCGCGUAGGUUCAAUCUGAGAUGACGGAUUUUAAGUAAUGUAAGAGAGUGACAGAAAGAUUUUUUAUUGCCAGUAUAUGUGUUACGGAAGAUUUUUGUCACAUCUUACUGCUUUGUAUCGACGAGUGAGUGAUACUCCGACGAGAAAAUCCGAGUAAAAUCAAUUUAGUUCGUAAAUUUAAAAAGUCGACAAGACGAUUAAGAUUAUUCGUGUAUUAUCGCCGUAAAACGUGUACAGUUGUAUCUGACUGACAUAAGGUCGUAUGUUUUUCGUUUUACACUAUGACUAAAUAAUUUUGCAAAAUAAAUUAUUACAUUUACGACGUCGAAAAAUGAUUAAAAAGAGAAAUUGAACAUCGUCAAGGUUAAUGUUCCGAAUACUUAGAUUAGUUUUUGCACAGAGUAUUUAUGAUAAGACAUAUCUUUUUGUAAUGAUGAACUUUACAGUGGAAUCGACGCUUCAAUUAACGAAAUGUAUAUUAAUUUGGAAGCGUGUGAGUAAGAAUGCUACAACUAUUCGACACUCUCUUCUUUCAAAUUGUAUUAUAGAAUCAAAUUUGUCUAACUACUACCAAGUUCAUCAGUCGAAUUAAGCUAAACUUAUAGCAUAAUUGUCAUAAAAUUUUAUUCCAUAUUUAGCAUUGCGACGAAAUCGAAGAGCUUCGAUUGAACUUACAAAACAAAUUGUAAAUACGUUUCGAGCGAGCUAUAUGACAUCUCGAAACGCGACACCGGUCUUCCAACCAAACUUCCUACACGUUCCCGUAGCCGUCGAGCAAUGGCAUUGCAAGUGUAAUAAUCAAUUGAGCGCUGUAAAUGUGCAAUUCAUCCACUUAAUUGCAUGCGAAGCAGCGUAACAAGCAUCAUGUAUAUACAUACAUAUAGAUUGUUCACUGUCUGGAUUUAUAAUACGUAUUGCGAUCCUUAGCUGUUUUCAAAUAUAUUCGCAUAUUUUUUUAUAAAAAACCUCUUGAUUUAAUUUUAUUUCUUACGUUAUCUUUCUUCGCCUCCUUUACUUGCACUCUGUUCACUCGAUUAAUACGUUUUUAUAUUUUUCUUGCUGCGUUUGGUAUAACAAUUCGCUCCUUUCUUUAAUUUUGGCACGUGCAGAAUUUGCUUUUUAUUAAAUUUCAUUGAUUUUUGAUCAACUAACGUUCGACUUUCUUUUGAAUUUCUUGUUUGUUUGAUUUUUCUUUGUUUGUACUCGUCCACUUUUCUGUCACCAGUGUGUUUGUUCGAGUGAUGUUUUUACAGUAAUUUAUUUUAAAUCACGUAAUGAGUAAUGCAAGUAUUUUAUAGUAGAACUUUGUUAUUUAAAUGUGUACUUUUGAUGUUCCGCUUCAGUAGAUUUCGGUAUGCUUUUUAUAUUGUACAUACAUAAAAUUAUUCAUAAGUUCACCCGUCCAAAUUUCGCGAUUGAAGUAGAUUAAAGUAAAACAAUGGACACAUUUCGAAGUUCAUAUCGAAACACCGACAAAUAAAAUUAUAAAACAAAUCACUUUAAUCUGCUUUAAAAAAAACAACUUUUUUUAAAUCAAGAAAGAACUCUCAUUUAGUAACUUUUUCAAAGUUUGUUUCAUCAAUGAAAUUCAGCACUUUUCCUUGUAAAAUUGAAAGUCUUCUUGAAAGUUAUAAAUGUUGAAAGACGACAGCGACAUACAAAAAAAGAAUCUCAUUCGU